CUGGACUAGACUGGACGCGUUCUACUUGCUGUACCUUACCUGUAUUGCUGCUCUUCACUUGCUGUUUCAUUUUUGCUGAUAUCAAACCCCAGGUUCCAAUCCACGACCGAACUAGCCCCCUAAAGCACACCAGCUGACACUCAAGCAGUCCCGAGGUCAUGGAGGUCAGUGCUGACAUCAGCAAAUGGACAGUGCAGACGUUAAAAACGUUUUUAAAGUCGAAAGGCAUACCAUGUUCUGGGUAUGGCAAAAGCCAGUUGAAGGACAUGGUACUGAUGGCACUGCAGCAACCUCAUUUAGUGGAAGAUGUCCUGCCUCUGAAGGAAGAUGAUCACACACAGAGGAGAUCUAUUAAAUUAUCUGGGACACAAGUCUUGCUUCCAGAUCCAAGGACUCUCACUGAGUGGCAGGAGGACUUGAGUACAAUGCCCUAUAUUACUCAAGCCCAUGUACUCAUGUAUCUGGUCUUAAAACAGGGAUGGCCAGCAGAACGCAUCCAAGCCUAUGAAAAGGAAUGUGGCUACCAGCUUUAUCAGGAGAGACACAUCCAGCAUGUUCAAGUAAAAAAGCUGGAUUAUGAUGUGUCGUGCAUUAAAGGUACCUGUGUGCGCCAAACCAACCAGAAUGAGACCCCUUACCAAGUUUGGAUGUUUGCCUCUUCUAAUGGUGACAUCCAUGCAGCUGGCUGCCAGUGUAUAGGAGAUGAUGGGGGAUGCAAGCACGUCUUUGCAUUCAUCUUCGCCGUAUCAGAUUUUGUGCAGCGUUGUGGGGUGCAGCCGGGAAGUGCACAGCGUACCUGCACAGACGUGACUUGCACCUGGGACAAGCCUCGCAGGCAAAAUAAGUGUAACUUUAACCUUGUCACCAUUGCGAGCAGCACAGGUGCAGGGAACAGCAGAUCCAGUACUCAAAAACCUUAUAGUUCUGGUAGUUAUAAGGCAAUAUCAGAGUUAUAUUCCCCUUAUACUCCCGACAAAGUUGCAGACGACAUUGCAACCACUCUCCAGCAUGUACCGGAUGCAGCACUGUGGGGUAUUGUUCCAGGAAGACCAGCCUCCUCUUUACCCUCUAUUACAGGAUUAGCAAAAUGUUUCUUUUCACAGGACAAUCAAGGUGAAAGUUUCAUCAAUUUUUUAAAGAGUAAGUAUACUAAUACAGUUAUUUCAGAAAUUUUUGAAAAAACCAAGCGACAACAUUUGUGUCCCAUAUGGAAACAACAGAGAGUGGGGGCAAUAACUGCAAGUGUGAUACACAAAGCUGCCAGAUAUAAAAAGAAUGAUCCUGAUAAUUACAUAGUAAAAGGAAUUAUGGGGGAGUCUUCCUUUAUAGGGAAUAGUGCCACUUCUUAUGGGCUAAAGUAUGAGGCACUUGCAAGAAAACUUUACGAGACUCAAAUGCGUAAGAAGCAUAAUGGUUUCAAAGUAAAACGUUCAGGUCUUAUCAUCAGUAAAAAUUGCCCCCUCAUACGAGCCAGCCCAGAUGGUAUUGUUUCAUGUAGGUGCUGUGGAACUGGGAUUUUAGAAAUUAAGUGCCCUUUUAAACUUCAAUUUCAAACCAUGACUGGAGAAGAUAUUGCUAGGGAUGGCUCUUACCAUAUAAAAAUAGGAGAAAAGAAUAAAGUUACAUUGAAGGAAGAGUCUCAGUGGUAUACUCAAAUACAAACACAGCUAGGUGCCGGCAACUAUUCCUGGUGUGACUUCAUUAUUUUCACAAAAGCAACACCACACCUAACCAUUCAAAGAAUUUGCUUUGAUGAGGAGAGGUUUAAUAGAGAGGUGCAAAAAAGUUUAAUUUUUCAUGAAAAAUUUGUAAUGCCAAAAUUGCGGGGAUGAAGAACUUAUUUAGAGGGAACUGACAAGAUACUGUUCCAUGCUUUUCUCUCUCUCUCUCUCUCUCUCUCUCUCUCUCUCUCUCUCUCUCUCUCUCUCUCUCUCUCUCUCUCUCUCUCUCUCUCUCUCUCUCUCUCUCCCAUUUAUUUAUGGACUGUGGUGAUACGAAAAAUUGUUUUGUAUGAGAUUUGUAUUUGUUCAUGUUUAAGAUUUCUUUGGGUACCUUACUUGCCCUUUGGGGGCAAAGAAGAUUGCUGUCACACAAACAAACAAACAAACACACACACACACACACACACACACACACACACACACACACACACACACACACACACACACACACACACACACACACACA